AUGCGACACGUGCAACGCUUAGCGGUGGACUGGUGUGAUGGAUCUGCCAAAGAUGCUCCCCCAGUAAAUGAAGCGGAAGGUGGCGGUUGCCCAAUGAGGCGGGCUAGGAUGCUAGCCGAAAACAAAGAGAUGGCUGGGAAGUGCCCCUUCGCGGCUGCCGCUGAAAAGGCUGCUGCAGAAAAAGCGGCCGCCAUAAAAGAGGGUGAAUCUCCAGUCACCAGAAAAGAGGGUGGAUGUCCCUUCACCGCCAAAGUGGAUGGAUGUACCGUUACGACGAAAGUGGAUGGAUCCCCAGUUACGACGGAAGUGGAUGGAUGCCCAAUCACCGGCAAGGUGGAUGGAUGCCCGAUCACGACGACAGAGGAAGAACACCCAGUCACCACGGACGUCGUAGACGUCCCCCUCGAUGAAGCUAAGGAUCCACUGGACACCACCGAUGAGCACACCACCCCCUUUCCCGAUUACAUUGCGUCCCCAAUGGAUGACUUCGAAAUACGCGACUCGCCGGAGCAUUUCGCCUAA